UUGCACCCAUCUGACAUGGAUUGCAGAGUUUAGCUCAAUUAUGUGUGGCUGUUAUUGUAUGUGGGGCAUAUGAGUCAGUCACCUUGUUGUUUUCCUUCAUACUGUCAUAGAAUGUCAUAAAAUAGACACAAGAGGUUAGUUCUAAAUAUAUUUGGUCAUACUCUCACAGAAUACAGCGUGUACUCUUCCAGCCCAGCAGGAGGCGAUGUAACUAGAUGUAGCCUGAUGCUGAACAACGUCACUGUCAUAGAAGAAGUCAGUAGUUUGUUUAGAUUUUUAUUUUUUGUUCGGACGUUGAAGCUACAAAGACUAAACUGGCUUUGUAUCCCUGCCAUCUGAUGAACAUGCUCAACACUACUACUCUACCACAGUAGAGGACCACCUCAACACUACUACUCUACUACAGAUGACAUCUUUGGCUCUGUGCCAGAGCAACUAAGGAGGACUGAUGCUUCGCUUUAACAAAACAGCGGUUCUGGCCCUCCUCAUAGCUACCAGCUCUGUUUUCCUCCUAUUUCAGCUCUAUCACUACAGACAGCACGUCUCUCAGAAUGGACCACAUAUCUUUGGCAGGACAGUUCAUCUGUCAGGAAAGGAUACUCAAUGGCAGGUGGUGAAGAAGUUCAUGGGUCUUGUCCAUAAGUACAACAUGCCAGUGUUCCUGGUGGACACAGCCUCCCUAGGCCUCCUGUCUCAGGACUCUAUGCUGCUGAGAGACAGCCUGGUUAAAGAACCCCACUGUGCUUUCCUCUGCACUAACAGAGACGUCCUCACCUUCGCUCUGCUCAACAACCUUUGGAAAUACGACGCUGGUUUGGUGGCAGCAGCUGAAGAGAAGGGCUUUGAACUGUUGGAGGUGCGAGGGAAAGACCCUCGAUUGGUCAGCAUGGACGACCUGUCAGGAAACGAGAUCCCCCUCCACUUCCUGUUCCGUCUCCAAGGUUACGUGGUCCAUGUGGUGGUCCUGUACGAGCGCAGCGGGAACUACCUGUGGCAUGGUGUCCUGCGACUCAAACCAAACAUGGACAGGAAGUUCGCCCCAUUCAGAAGGCUGGACUACGGCCGCAACGCUGGAGCCUAUGACAGGCCAGAGCUGGUACUGACCACCUUGGACGGGCUAGAUGUCCGGAUCCCCAGGAACAUCUCUGGAUUCCUGACUGAAUAUUCCCACGCUCGUUUUCUGGAGUGUAGAUACAGAGAUGCACGCUCCUUCUUCCAGCUGUACCCUGAUGACACGUCUCCUGAGGCAAUGAACUUCAGGAUGAAGGCUAAGGCUCUGCUCCACCUCGCUGCCAGGAUCCUCACUGAGCUCAGAGUCCCCUUCUGGCUGAGCAGUGGUACCUGCUUGGGUUGGUUUCGGCAGUGUGGCGUCAUUCCCUACAGUAAAGAUGUGGACCUGGGCAUCUGGAUUAAAGACUACAGACACGAUAUCACUCAAGCUUUUCAAAAGGCUGGCCUUCCGUUGAAACACAAGUUUGGAAAGGUGGAGGAUAGCCUGGAACUUUCCUUCCAGGGUUUGGAUGUUAAACUGGACAUUUUCUUCUUCUAUGAGGAAACAGACGUUGUGUGGAACGGAGGAACCCAAGCUAAGAGUGGGAAGAAAUUCAAGUAUGUGUUCCCCAAGUUUACGCUCUGCUGGACUGAGCUGAUGGACCUAAAGGUGCGUGUCCCCUGUGAGACAGUAGACUACGUGUCGGCUAACUACGGGCCUACCUGGAACACACCUGUAAAGACCUGGGACUGGAAGAGCUCUCCGCCCAACGUGCAGGACAACGGGGUGUGGCCUGUCAGGGAGUGGGAUGAGGUCAUCCAGGUGUACUGAUGUAACACGACACUGCAUAUGAGUAGACUACAUUUGGAGUACACUUAAACCACACGGAAGAAAAUGGACUGAAACAGGGAGGGACUGUGGAUCUGGACUGUGGAUCUGGACUGUGGAUCUGGACUGUGGAUCUGGACUGUCGAUCUGGACUGUCGAUCUGGACCGUCGAUCCGGACCGUCGAUCCGGACCGUCGAUCCGGACCGUCGAUCCGGACCGUCGAUCCGGACCGUCGAUCCGGACUGUCGAUCCGGACCGUCGAUCCGGACCGUCGAUCCUGUCUUUGUACGUUUUGCUACGGCGUGCACUAUACGACCCUGAGUACACUCUUCCGAAGUACACUACACCUGAAAACCCUACACCAAAGUAGCAACUUUAAAGACUACUACUAAGGGUGUGAGUCUGAACUGGUGGCUUACCAUUUGGCUGGUGGCUUACCAUUUGGCUGGUGGCUUACCAUUUGGCUGGUGGCUUACCAUUUGGCUGGUGGCUUACCAUUGGCUGGUGGCUUACCAUUUGGCUGGUGGCUUACCAUUUGGCUGGUGGCUUACCAUUUGGCUGGUGGCUUACCAUUUGGCUGGUGGCUUACCAUUUGGCUGGUGGCUUACCAUUUGGCCGGUGGCUUACCAUUUGGCCGGUGGCUUACCAUUGGCCGGUGGCUUACCAUUGGCCGGUGGCUUACCAUUGGCCGGUGGCUUACCAUUUGGCUGGUGGCUUACCAUUGGCCGGUGGCUUACCAUUUGGCUGGUGGCUUACCAUUUGGCUGGUGGCUUACCAUUUGGCCGGUGGCUUACCAUUUGGCCGGUGGCUUACCAUUGGCCGGUGGCUUACCAUUGGCCGGUGGCUUACCAUUGGCCGGUGGCUUACCAUUUGGCUGGUGGCUUACCAUUGGCUAUUUGGUUGUAAACUGCAGACCACCAAUACUGGACUCUCUUCAUCCUUUGGACUGAAGCAACUGUCUUGAUAUGUACUGUGUUCCUUGUUUGAAAUACUGUAUUACGUUGACAAAAACAUGUCACUGACAUUUACAUAGCUACUGACAUUACUACUGACAUAGCUACUGACAUUACUACUGACAUUACUACUGACAUUACUACUGGCAUAGCUACUGACAUAGCUACUGACAUUACUACUGACAUAGCUACUGACAUUACUACUGACAUAGCUACUGACAUUACUACUGACAUAGCUACUGACAUUACUACUGACAUAGCUACUGACAUUACUACUGACAUUACUACUGACAUAGCUACUGACAUAGCUACUGACAUAGCUACUGACAUUACUACUGACAUUACUACUGACAUAGCUACUGACAUAGCUACUGACAUAGCUACUGACAUAGCUACUGACAUUACUACUGACAUUACUACUGACAUUACUACUGACAUUACUACUGACAUAGCUACUGACAUAGCUACUGACAUAGCUACUGACAUUACUACUGACAUUACUACUGACAUUACUACUGACAUAGCUACUGACAUUACUACUGACAUAGCUACUGACAUAGCUACUGACAUUACUACUGACAUAGCUACUGACAUUACUACUGACAUUACUACUGACAUUACUACUGACAUAGCUACUGACAUUACUACUGACAUAGCUACUGACAUUACUACUGGCAUUACUACUGACAUUACUACUGACAUUACUACUGACAUUACUACUGACAUUACUACUGACAUUACUACUGGCAUUACUACUGACAUUACUACUGACAUAGCUACUGACAUUACUACUGACAUUACUACUGACAUUACUACUGGCAUAGCUACUGACAUAGCUACUGACAUUACUACUGACAUAGCUACUGACAUUACUACUGACAUAGCUACUGACAUUACUACUGACAUAGCUACUGACAUUACUACUGACAUAGCUACUGACAUUACUACUGACAUUACUACUGACAUAGCUACUGACAUAGCUACUGACAUAGCUACUGACAUUACUACUGACAUAGCUACUGACAUUACUACUGACAUAGCUACUGACAUAGCUACUGACAUAGCUACUGACAUUACUACUGACAUUACUACUGACAUAGCUACUGACAUAGCUACUGACAUAGCUACUGACAUAGCUACUGACAUAGCUACUGACAUUACUACUGACAUAGCUACUGACAUUACUACUGACAUAGCUACUGACAUUACUACUGACAUAGCUACUGACAUAGCUACUGACAUUACUACUGACAUAGCUACUGACAUUACUACUGACAUAGCUACUGACAUUACUACUGACAUAGCUACUGACAUUACUACUGGCAUUACUACUGACAUUACUACUGACAUUACUACUGACAUUACUACUGACAUUACUACUGACAUUACUACUGGCAUUACUACUGACAUUACUACUGACAUAGCUACUGACAUUACUACUGACAUAGCUACUGACAUUACUACUGACAUAGCUACUGACAUUACUACUGACAUAGCUACUGACAUUACUACUGACAUAGCUACUGACACUACUACUGGCAUUGCUACUGACAUUACUACUGACAUAGCUACUGACAUUACUACUGGCAUAGCUACUGACAUUACUACUGGCAUUACUACUGACAUUACUACUGACAUAGCUACUGACAUUACUACUGACAUUACUAUUACUACUGACAUUACUACUGACAUUACUAUUACUACUGACAUGUUGGGUAGGCCCAGGGUAAGACCAUAUUACGUCCUUGGUUACUUGAUAUCGUGUUAUUAUGGCCUUGGCUACUUGAUAUCGGGUUAUUGCGGCCUUGGUUACAUGAUAUCGGGUUAUUACGGCCUUGGUUACUUGAUAUCGUGUUAUUAUGGCUUUGGUUACUUGAUAUUGUGUUAUUACGGCCUUGGUUACUUGAUAUCGGGUUAUUGCGGCCUUGGUUACAUGAUAUCGUGUUAUUACGGCCUUGGUUACAUGAUAUCGUGUUAUUACGGCCUUGGUUACUUGAUAUUGUGUUAUUACGGCCUUGGUUACUUGAUAUCGAGUUAUUAUGGCCUUGGUUACUUGAAGUGCUAGGUGGUGGUGAUGACCACGGACUGAACUUGAUUAUUGUGUGUGUCCCAAAUUGCACCAUAUUUCCUACAUAGUGCACUACUUUAGACCAGAGCCAAAAGUAGUGCACUACAUUGGGAGUGGACAUUAUGUUCAUAUUGUAUAUAUUUUAUGCCUCUUGUGUUUCAGGAAUCAUUGAUUUGCCAACAAAUUGUAUCUUACUUUCCUUUGGAUUGAGUUUUGUCAUCGUGGUUGAAGGGAACCACGAUCAUGCUAGCCUGAGUUCUAGCCUGAGUGCCAGUCUGUCUGUGCUAUCAUGCCAACUCCUUGUCACUCAUUUAGCUUGACAAUGACCGCAUUGAAGUUAUCAAGAGAACAAACAGAUCUGAGACCAGGCUAUGCUCAUCAGCUGACAACUCCCAACUUUUAAAAUGAAUAAAAGCUUUGACAUGAUGAGA